UCUCCCUUCCUUGAGAGUUAAGAUGGCGGACCGGCGGCGACGGAGACGGCGCGCCUCUCAGGAUAGUGAGGAGGAGGACGAGUCCGCCUCGGGCUCCGAGAGCGGGAGAUCCCUCUCGGCCGGCCGGAAGCCUCGCGGAAGAGAUCCCGAGCCGGUUGAAUCGCCAGCGGAGCGCGUCGGCGCCAAAAUCGGCGAUGAGUCGGAGUGUGAAAGUGAAGAUGGCGUUGGUGAAGCAGUCUUAUCAGACUAUGACAGUGCUGAUCUGGAGGAGAAUGGAUCGCACACGGAGGGAGGAGAGGAAGAGGAGGAGGCAGAGCAUUUCAGUGAUGAAGAGGCCUCACGUCCUGCCGCAGAACCGAAGCCCGCUGCAGAUGCCCCGACAGAAGAGCUUGGUGAAGAGGAGGAGAGAGAUGGAGGGGACAAGGAAGUUAAAGAUGAUGAGAAGGGGAAUCUAGCUGGGGAGCGCCAGAGUGGGGACGGACAGGCCAAAACUGAAGUUGAGACCUCUACAUGUUUACAGGAAAGCACCGAGGACCCUGAGAAUAAAUCGGGCAGCAAAGGCCAGAAGCUGGACGAUGAUGAGGACAGGAAGAAUCCAGCCUACAUCCCCCGAAAAGGCCUUUUCUUUGAGCACGACGUGAGAGGCCAGGCUACAGAGGAGGAGAGGCCUAAAGGCAGGCACAGGAAGUUGUGGAAGGACGAGGGCCGUUGGAAUCACGACAAGUUCCGUGAAGAGGAGCAGGCGCCAAAAUCACGCGAAGAGCUAAUUGCUUUUUAUGGUUAUGACAUCCGCAACGGCACUGGGUCGAGUGAUGGACGAUCGUACCGCUCCCGAAAACCCAGCAGACAUGCUGGUUCACCCAGUCGGGAGCCUAGGCGCCAUCGUGAAGGUGAAAAGUCAGUGCGUACAACAUGGCAGGCGCCUCCACCUGGCCAUCGCAACACCUCUCAGUCUGUUACCCUGCAGUCAGGCCCACCUCCUGGUCCCCCUGCAGCACCCAAACCCUCCAGCCGACCCUCGACCCAGCCCCCACAUCGCAGCUUCCAAAGUAGUCGAGCCCUGUCGGCCCCCCACAGGACAGAAGGGCAGAGACACUCGAAGCCCAGUCUAGAUGGCCCACCACCUCGAGGAGUGCGGCCACAUCCUGUAGAGGGUGAGAGGGGCUUGCGGCUCAGGGGCCGUGGUUCACAUGCUGUUCACGCUGACCGUAGCCCAGCCACGGUGGUGGAGGACAUCCGCAGUGAGGAAGAAGAGGAGGAGGGUGAGAUUCCAACAGCGACAACUACAUAUACCGCUCACCACUACAGGACAGACAGAGAGAGGAUUCCGUCACCACGCAAACAAGAGUCUGGCCCAGCGAUGAAAGGGGGCAGUGCAGCCAGUCAGGUACGAGAAUCGUCUCCUCCUCAAGAAAGGCCGGUGGAAAAGAAAUCAUACUCUCUUGCACGGAGGGCUACGCGAACGCGACCGUCUGAUCUCGCUAAGCAAGCGUCGUUAGAUGACUCUUCACCCACGGUCCAGCAAACCCCGGCGGCAGCAAAGAGUGAGUCGUGGCAAGAGCAGAGUGAUGCUGGAAUGCAAGGUGGACUGACAGGGCUCGACCAGGACCUGGCCCGACUCAGUCUGGCUGGACAGAACUGGGCCCAAAGCCCUCCCUCCUACUUGCAGGCUGAGAUGAGAGGCAUCCGUAACUCGAUGCACAUGGCAGGAGGGCCUCCACAGUAUGGAAACAUGGAGGAUAUUGGUGUUGGUGGUGGCCGGGCUAAGCGGUAUUCAUCACAGCGCCAGAGGCCAGUUCCCGAGCCUGCACCCAUGCACAUAGGAGUCAUGGAGGGCCAUUUUUAUGAACCCAUGUCUUUCCAGGGACCAAUCUACACACACGGCGACAGUCCAGCGGCCCUGCCCCCUCAAGGCAUGCUUGUUCAGCCUGAGAUGCACCUGCCACACCCCACCCAUCCCGGACACCCAGGUUUACACCCGCACCAGUCAGGAGGGCCCUUGCCCAAUCCGGCUCUUUACGCCGCCCCACCCGUUUCUAUGUCACCUGGGCAACCGCCUCCACAGCAGCUGCUACCCCCACCCUUCUACCCCCCGCCAGGUGUCAUGACCUUUGGGAACACCAACUACCCGUACCCUGCCGGAGCUACGCUACCUCCAAUGUACCCCAAUCCCCAGGCACAGGCACAGGUCUACGGUGGUGUGACGUACUACGACACGGUACAGCAGCAAGCCCAGCCCAAACGCUCCCCGCCCCGACGUUCCUCUCAUCCCGUUACAGUCAGACCUCCCCCUCCUGAGGACCAGAGCAGAAAUCCCGCUGAGGAGAUUCGCUCCUAGCUGACAGAGGGCGAGGAGGCCGCGUGUCAGGACCAGCACCGCUUUUGUGUAAAUUGAAUUCACCAUUUAGGUUUAAACUUUAGUUUUUGUUUUCUUUUAAUACUGUUUGUGUAUUCGUUAUGCCUUUUUUAGGUUCACUGUCUUCAUGCAAGGUUCUGUUUGCAGGUUGUUCCUAUCUGUUUUUUUUUUUUAUUCAUAACCAGCGAAGUGUUUUACCAUUAUCUGCUGUUCAGCUAGGAAUUAAAUGUGCAGUCUUAAACAGCGAGAUGUUUUUAUUUUUCACUAAGCAGCUCCUGUAUCUCUGAUGUCUCUACUAACAGACGAGAAUUGAAAUAGUUUGAGGCUUCUGGACUUUUGAAUUGAGUUUGUUUUAAAUCUCCUUUUACUCUGUUGGGCAAAUAAAUGUUUUUAUUGAAAAGGAGAAAAGCACUAAGA